AUGGUCAUGAGGGCAAGUGACUAUGGAACGACGUGCUUUCAACGAACUAUUCGUCGUGUAAGCUUCAAAUCAGAUGCGCUUCAGAAUAUUUGUCGUCGGCCCUCGAUGCAUAAUGCUGCGUUCGGUUUGAAAGCAUCGCACAAGGAGCUUAUAACGAGAUCUUCCUUCCUGAGUUCGACAAUGGACGUGAGGCCAUUGCACGCAUCGCUGGCGUACCAUAGGCAAUGUACACUUGUCCACAGUCAGCGAAGUAGCCGUACGAGAUGCUAUCGUGCAUCUCACUCCGUGCGUUCUGGCUUGGAGCAGGCAGUAAGGUCGGAUUUCAUCCUCAUAGAGCGUAUAGACGGCGUGGCGCUGGAGGAACGAUGGUUCAAUACUUUUAACGAAGACAUCGGUGCGGUGAUUCGGGAAAUGCUGUUCUUCGAUCUGGGUCUUCAUCAGCGGCCGUUUUUGCAGAAUGGGAGUUUGUUCUUCAAGAAGAGUGUUAGCCCGGAGCUGCAGAGCUGGCUCUAUGCGAGGGAGAGGGAUAGUGAAGAGCCUGCUGCUGAGAGAUACAGGAUUGGUCCUGUCGUUGAUAAGCAGUAUUGGUUCAAUGAGCCUGACCACGCUUGGACGGAUAUGGCGUCUUACAUUCAAGUCACUUGCCGUCUAGCACUUGGCCCUCCGACUUCGCGGAACUCCGUCAGCUGUUGCAGCAAUGUAUAUCGAUGGCGCAUUGUUCUGCCUGAGCAUGGGCUGGCAGUCCCUUAUCUCAUUCAUUCAGACCUCUCGCGGUCCAACGUGAUCGUCAAGCCCUCUAGAGCUGCCAAUGUCGUCUCAUAUAUCGACUGGCAAGGUGCUGUUGCUCUUCCUUACUUUCAGAGCAUCAGGCUGCCUAAGGCUAUUCUUUUCAAGGGAAAAGUUAUCCCUAUUCCCGAUGAACCCUUCUCUCCAUCUGAGAUUCCUUCGGACUUGCCGCCAAAACUCGAGAAACAGGCCGACCUUGAGUGGAGACUCGCCAACCGACAGCGAAAAAUGCCGAAGGUGCUGCUGCAAAGGCAUCCUUUGCGCUUGCAGGCUGCGUGUCUCCUGCAAGGGGACCUACUCACUUCUCUCCCUGAUGUGGCUCUGCGUUCCUAUGCCGACGGUCCAUAA